GAGAGGAAGGAGCGGCGAGGCUGAGAACAGCGACCUCAGGCGCAGCGCGACGCGCAGAGGAGCCGCAGUCCAGCCAGUAUGGCGCUAUCAAAUAUCCUCCAAACUCCUGCAGCUGGCUUCAAUUUCGACAACGCAGCGAGGAAUGCUGCGUUAGAGGGCCUGUUUGACGGAGCACAGACGCCAAAGCCUCUGAAAACUGGCACCACGAUAGCAGGAGUUGUGUUCAAGGAUGGGGUGGUGCUGGGCGCCGACACAAGAGCGACCUCCAGUGAAGUGGUGGCUGACAAGAUGUGUGCUAAGAUCCAUUACAUUGCUCCAAAUAUAUAUUGUUGCGGUGCAGGUACGGCAGCAGACACAGAGAAGACCACAGAGCUUCUCUCCUCCAACCUGACCAUCUUCUCCCUGAACAGCGGGAGGAACCCGCGUGUCGUCAUGGCCGUCAACAUACUACAGGACAUGCUGUACAGGUAUCACGGCCAGAUCGGGGCCAACCUCAUACUGGGGGGAGUAGAUUGUUCUGGGAGCCACCUGUACACAGUGGGGCCAUACGGGAGCGUAACCAAGGUGCCUUACCUUGCAAUGGGAUCUGGUGAUCUGGCGGCUCUUGGGAUUCUAGAGGACAGGUUCAAACCUGACAUGGAGCUGGAGGAAGCGAAGGAGCUGGUGCGUGUUGCCAUCCACGCGGGCAUCAUGAGCGACCUCGGCUCAGGCAACAACAUCGAUAUCUGUGUCGUCACCAGACAAGGAGUGGACUACAUCAGACCCUACCAGGAGUCCGAGUACAGAGACAGCAGGAAAAUGAAAUACAAAUAUCGCCCGGGCACAACACCAGUUCUGACAGAGAAAGUAGUGCCGUUAAAGGUGGAGGUUGUAGAGGAGAACGUGCAGCAGAUGGAUACAGCCUGAGCCACGGCGCACAACCACACCACAACCACGGCACAACCACGGCACAACAUUUAGCAGUGAAAAAGAGUCCAUAACUUCAUUACCUGUCAUUGAUCUGAUGGCUGUUGGAUGGUUUCUGCUCUGCUGCUACGCCUCACAGUGAUGUGGAAUAGACUGCAACAUGUUUUCACAAUAUGGGAUAAUAAAUAAAAAUCACUGGAUAAAAUUCA